AAACUCUUCGGAAACACAGGAUGUUGAUACUUAUGAAAAAAAUUCACAAAGCAUGACCGAAAAUGACGAUUGUACCAAUUACGAGUAUUUAAAUGAAUCAGAUACUUGUACCGAUGUACCAAACGAAUCUUUAUCUAACUUGGAAGAAUCUUUCUCAAUCUUAGAUAUUUUAAGCAAAAAUACAUUAGUUACAGAAAGACCCACAACACCUAACGUAUCUACAUUUAAAGAGAUUGCAAUACCGAGGCUAUCUACGCCAGAAAAACCUACAACACACAAUACAUCUACACCAAAUAGAUUUAGUCUAAAAAGAAAAUUUUCGCUUGUUGAAGAACAGUUAGGUAAUGCUGUUGAUGUUUUUAAAAGUUAUGUUACUAAGAAAAAUACCGUACAUGUAGAAGAUGAGUCCUUAAAAUAUUUUUGUGACUCCUUGUAUGGAGAUUUAAAGAUUCUCAAUAAAAAAGAUUUAAUUUCAUGUAAAAUUGACAUUAUGCAAGUCUAG